AUGAAUCUGUAUCGGAGUUUUGGGAAUCUGAUGGAGGCCUGGGUGACAGAGGGAGCGCAGGAGGCGGACUGGCUGGAGCCUCCUUCACCUCCUUCAGACGCGGACACAAACGUACGCUCGGAAUCUGUGGACUCGGGAGUGGAAACCGCCAGCUCGGAUAUUUCGUUCGCCGUCACGUCUGCGUCCGUGGAUCUGGACACGUUCAUCUCUCCAACGGCAGUGUCCCCCAUCCUGUCCUUCCCAGAUCCUUCUUCAUCCUCCUCUUCCUCACCGGACCUUGUGCCUCACAGAUCCCAAGUGGAACUAGCUCUGCGCAGGGUCGAGUCUUUGAGAGAGAAGAGAAACCAAGAUGCUCCAGUGGAAGGGAUCAGGAGGAGGCCCAAACACACAUCUGACCCCAGGUCAGAUCCGUCUCUGUUUGAGCGGACACGACACCGGAGACCACAGUCAGCUAUUUGUGAGGUCCAGGCGGGAGCAGAGCUGAGUCCUGGGCUGCAGUAUCUGGAGCAGGUGUGUCUGAUGUUGGAGGAUUUUGCCAAAGAACAGCUUCAUCACAAAGUCCUCGCCACAAAGAAAACACAAGCCACAGAACUCUGUGAGGACCUCUGUGAGGACCCCUGUGAGGACCCCUGUGAGGACCUCUGUGAGGACCCCUGUGAGGACCCCUGUGAGGACCUCUGUGAGGACCCCUGUGAGGACCCCUGUGAGGACCCCUGUGAGGACCCCUGUAAGGACCCCUGUGAGGACCUCUGUGAGGACCCCUGUGAGGACCCCUGUGAGGACCCCUGUGAGGACCCCUGUAAGGACCCCUGUAAGGACCCCUGUGAGGACCUCUGUGAGGACCCCUGUGAGGACCCCUGUGAGGGGCAGAAACCCAAAGUGAAGGCCUCGCUCAGCUCUCCGCAGCAGAGGAACGACAAACUCUACGGUCACUUCAGGCAGAGAUCUGCCUCUGACACCAACCUGGCAUCCCUGCAUUUACGACGACUGAACCUCGAUCAGUGCAAUCUUAGCUCUCAUGACCUGAAGGAGGCGGUGGAGGAGGACUGGGGGAACCAGGAGAACCAGGAGAACCAGGCGGACGGACUGAACAAGUCCAAAAGUUACUGGAGAUUCAAGUUUGGAUCCAUGAGGAAAGGGGAAAGCGAGAGUCCACAGGUGCCGUUUCACAGGAGCUGGACUCGCAGGAGGCUGAGUCAGCUGUUCAGGAGAAGAAGGAAAACAGGACCAGUUUAA